GCGGAGCAUAUCCAGGUAUCCGUUCCAUGUUCCAUCUCAGGAGUCAGGACACGCCCUCACAUCGCGCCCGAACUCCGGAGCAUGCUCUCCCCACCCGCCGCCGGCGGGCGCUUCCGCGUGGGGGGAGCUAUCCCCUGGAGGCUCCGUCCGCGCUCCUGCCUGGCGUCGCCGCCGGCCUCCAGCGGCGGCGGCGGCGGCGAGCCUGAAAAGGCGAGGCCUUUGCUCGUGGAGCGGUACCGGGACGGCGUCACCAAGAGAUAUAUGUCGGAUGGCAAUUCUAAGCUGCAAAUUCGUUUGGAGAAGCAUGAAUCUUCGGUGAACGCAGUGGAAAAUGAGCAUGCGGAUUCUUUGAUCCCCCAGGCUGUUAGGGACUUUGUACUUCCAGCGGGGUUUCCAGAAUCUGUUACGGUUGACUACCUGGAGUAUAUGCUAUUGCAGUUCCCAACAAAUGUGACAGGAUGGAUCUGUCAUGUACUAGUUACAUCAAGUCUGCUGAAGGCUGUAGGUGUGGGGUCCUUUACAGGAACUUCGGCAGCUGCAUCUGCUGCUGCUAUCAGAUGGGUAUCGAAGGAUGGCAUAGGAGCCUUUGGGCGUCUUCUCAUUGGUGGACGCUUUGGAACACUUUUUGAUGAUGACCCAAAGAAGUGGCGGAUGUAUGCCGAUUUCAUUGGAAGUGCUGGAAGCAUCUUUGAGCUCAUCACUCCGCUGUAUCCAGGUUACUUCCUCCCACUUGCAUCAUUGGGGAAUCUUGCAAAGAUUUUUAAGCAGGCUGUAGCAAGAGGAUUUAAAGACCCUUCCUUUCGUGUGAUCCAAAAUCACUUUGCAGAAUCUGGAAAUCUAGGGGAGGUUGCUGCAAAGGAGGAAGUAUGGGAAGUAGGAGCCCAGCUGAUAGGCCUUUCGAUCGGAGUACUUAUAAUGGAUACAUCAGGUGUAAAGUCAUCAUACUUAACUCUUACUCUAACAUGGCUGAGUAUUCGUCUUCUACAUCUCUGGCUGCGCUAUCAGUCCCUAUCAGUUCUCAAGUUCCGCACAAUAAAUCUAAAACGUGGUCGGAUACUUGUGAGAUCACAUGUCGCACAACAUACAGUUCCUGGUUAUGUUGUUUGCAAUGAGGAAGAAAACAUUUUAACAUGGGAGAGAUUCUUGCAUCCGCAAAUUUCUUUUGGCGUGCCCAUGGAAAGAAUGCUUGGCGGUGAGGAAUCCAGUGACAUGGUGGAUAGAUUAUUGAAGUUGUACAAGAAUGAGAAGUAUGUCCUCUUUGUUGAGCAGUUUGGAUCAAGGGAACCAAAAUUUCUUGUUGCGUUCAAGGAAUCGGCUACCAGCAUUUCAGUCCUAAGAAGCCUCUGGCAGGCACAUUGGCUUCAAAAAAAUCUGCAAAACCAGGAUGAUGUUUUCUCGUGGUUAGAGGAUAGCAUUCUUGCAUUAGAGCAUGGAUUUACGGACUUCCUUGAGCAAAUGGAAAGAGCUGGCUGGGAUCAGAACCAAAUCAUUUUGAAAGUGCCAAAAGAACCAGUUUUGGUGUCAGAAUACCUGAACCAAGAUGUUUAAGAUACUACUGUUGCUUAGUAAUUCCCUCCUGACAUACUCUCCGGCGGCAGCCAACUUGUUCCUUUUAGUGGUUUUAGGGUUCAGCCGGUGCUAACCUAGAGACGAUAUUGAAAUUUCUUUUCCAAAGCAUGAUCUUGACCUGCUGAAUCAAUUGCAACUGCCAACUGAACAUUGGAUAUUUGGAUAUCAGCCAAGAUUCUCAUGUGGGUGAUGCUUAGUGAUCUAACAAUCCAUAUUGUAAGAAACUAUGUUUGGCAUAUGACCAGAUGUUUACAGUUUACGGUGUGAAAAAUGGAAAUGCCAUCAUUAACGCAUAGCUGCUUGUGUGCUGUGCAAAGGCCCUCCAA